AUGGGGAUGAAGGCCUGGCUCCUGGUGCCGCUGCUCCUGCUGCUGUCGACGGCCGAGUCCCGGGGCUCGAGCGGCGAGGGCUACGUCAAGCUGUUCGAGCGCUGCACCAAGGAAAAGAACACGUUCGAUUGCCUGAAGAAGCGGGCGCUCGACAUCCUCGACUCGGCGAUCAAGGACGACACGGUGUACGCGGUCAACGAUUACAUAUCGAUUGGGAGGGACGCGAGGGCCGCGAGGAGCAUCGAGCUGCAGUCUGACGAGAACUCGACGGCCAGGGGUCUUGACGAACAGUUGGACCAGAAGUUCAACGACUACCUUAGCUCGAGGAGCGUCAAGCUUACGAUACCCGGUGAUGCGCUCGAAGGAAGAGGAAAGAAGGACAAGAAAGGAGGCAUGGGCGGUGUCAUGAUGGGCGGAUUGGCGCUUGCAGGUAUGCUGGCACAGCUGGCCUUCGGCAAGAUAGCCUUCCUGGCGGGUACGGCUCUACUCACUGCCAAGAUAGCGCUGGUUCUUAGUGCUAUAAUCGGCCUUAAGAAGCUCGUCUCGGGUGGAGGCGGUGGUCACGAGGUCAUCUACGCGACGGCUUCCGAACACCACGGGGGAUACGGGGGUGGCUGGCAGCGGGCCCUCGACGCCAUUCCCAUCACCUGA